AGUUAAGUGUUGGCCCAAGCCGCUGGGCUGAGCGAGGUGACCUGCAGGUCGACACCUCGACCGCCGUGGGCAGGAAGGAACACACACUUUCGUGCCAGCAUGCAGCCGGCGCAGCAGGCGACGCGCGUGUUGCGAGAGUUCCACAGCGGAUGGAUGGAGUGUGAAGACGCGCAGGGCGUGUUCUACUAUAACAACAUAACUAAGCAGAGCUGCGACGAUGUACCGCCAGAGCUGCGCGCAGCCGCGCCCCCGCCACAGCAGCCGCAGUUGCAGCAGCAGAUGCAGCAGCAGAUGCAGCAGCCGCAGCAGGCGCAGCAGCAGGUGGAGGUGCUGCGUGAACUCCCUCGGGACUGGGUGCAAUGCCGCGACGCGCAGGGCAUCUUCUAUUACAACAAGGCGACCCAGCGGUCCAGCGACGAUCUCCCAGACGAGCUGCGGGCGCCAGAGCCAGCGCCAGCGCCCGCCGCGCACUAUGCGCAGCCCGCCGCCCAGCCCCCGUGGUCUGUUGGCUGCCGCCAGGCCCAGACCUCUUGACGCGCAGGGAUUCGAAGAAGAAAGAGAACAACAAGACUGACAGUAGUAACAAUGAUAUUGAGAAGAGUGCGAAUGAUCAGAACCGGCAAACACACACACACACAUGAACUUUCGGAGGUCCGCGCGAAUCGCUGAGGACGGCGCUGGACUGCCCUCCCUGGCGCGCUCUGCGCGCUGGGGGCGGCGCGGGAGGCUUCGCCAGGGGGAUCCAGCGCCGAUCUGAGAAAUUCGCUCGAACCUCCGAGCGUAUAUGUUGAUAGAAAUUGCAGUACCUCGUAAAGCUGAUCAGGAUGGCGCCGCUGUCUUUGACAUCGAUCGGGCGAGGGGAGAAGGAUUCCGAAGUUUUUGCCCCCCCCCUCCCUCCCUGCUCUUGGGUCUUCUGGAGGCAUUCCAGGAGCCUCCACAUACGGUCACGACGUUGGCAGAAGUUGGCCGCCCCUGAGAGCAAAGGUCGCCGCAGCCGUAAUGCUAGGGGUGCUUCGGAGUCGGCCGUUCGGCUCUGGCCGGGUGGCCAAGAGACCCACGGGGCCCAUCUGCAGCCGCAGUACCUGCAGCAGCAGCCGCAGCAGCCGCAGCCGCAGCCGCAGCAGCAGGCCCAGCCCACCGUGCACGCCAAGGUGGGGGACUGGUCCGUGUGCGAGGACGACCAGGGCAUCUACUACUUCCACCACCCAUCGGGCCGGUCCACCGAAGAGCAACCCCCCGAGGUGGCGCGCUACCUCGCGGACGGGAGGCAGCGACCCGCCGCCUCCGCCGGAGCUCCGGGCCAGCACGGCGCCCACGGCGGCCAGAUGCCCCACGCGCCCAGCUACGCGCCGGCUCAGUCAUAUGCCGCGCCGAAGCCGGCGGUGGUGCAGUACUCCACGCUGGGCGGCGCUGGCGCACACUACACCGCGUCGGGCGGCUAUGGGGCCGCCGCGCAGCCCUACCCACAGCAGCCAGGAAAAGGGAAGGUGCCCCACCUUGAGUAG